CCACUCGCGCCGCACUCCUUCCGAUGCUGAUCGCCUUCCUCUCCAACAACCCGCUCAACUCCGUCGUCGUGGACGCGGGCACGGGCCAGCGGCUGUACAACAUCUGCACGCCCUAUGGCGUGGGCAAGCGCAAGACGACGAUCCACGACGCGUGGGGGCGGACGGUCGCGAAGUACAAGCGGCGGUGGGGGCGCGACCAGAUCGAGCUCUACGGGAUGACGAGGAGCGUCUCGAGCUGGCUGCCCAGCGAUAGUCUGUUCACUAGUUCGAAGAGGUUCGUUGCACCGAACGGCAGGAUGUAUAUCUGGAAGAAGCUAUGGGGCAAGAGCAAGUUCAAGCUCGUCGACAGCCACACGAAACAAGUAGUAGCCAGGUCCCGCUAUACCCGAUCGAGCCUCUGGUCGUCCAAGCGAAUAUCCAUCGAGGUCGACCCCCAGGUCGUGCCCGUCCUCGACGCCAUCGUGCUGUCGUUCAUCAUCUGCGAGAAGGACAGGAGAGACCAGGAGGAAGCGACCGUGACCUCUUCGGCCGUCAUCGUAUGACGGACCAGGAUAUCGAUCUCGGUGUAACUUAUGGUGCUUCACCUCGCCGCGGACUGGAUUGGACGGUGUACGUACUGUAUAACAGACAUCAGUUUAGUCGUAUUUACGAUUUCAUGUACCAGUACACACAUUUGAAGUACAGGGUGUAACAGCACGGCGCCCUGGCGCUCUCGCUUUCCAG